AUGCCCUCGGGAGUCCUGGGGUGGCCACCAAAGCAGGCAGCAGCCCCAUCCAGCAGCAUAUCGGAGCCAGGAGCAAAUGGAGCAGCGGACUAUGUGCCAUCGCCUCCUCCAGAUGCAUUUCAGCCUCCUGGUAUCAAUGGAGAUGGCGGGGCGGACAACUCUGGAGCUUCGUACAAUAUUAUCACCGGAGAAGAUGGCUAUUCCACCUUCUUGCCGAGCAACAACACGAUUGAUGGCACUGGAUUCCAGCUGUUCUGGACGGACAGAAUGCGAAACCCCCAAAUCCUGGGCGCGCGAGUGCCGCGUGGGACAUACUAUCUGUGGCCGGCAGCAGGCGCAGCAAAUUCUGGCACUGCCAGAGAUGGAGGGUACCACCUGUCCCUUGACUGCCUUGGCCGCAUGCUGCCCUUUGUGCUGGACUUCCAGGGCAGCGCUGUCAUACUUGUGGACGGUAGCAAGGGAGGCGUGGCGUUCUAUGGUUGCAGCCGGCUGACGGUGAGAGGGGUGUCGAUGAGUUACCCACCCUCGCAGUUCCACCACAUCCAAGGGGCGGUGGUGGAUGUGGGCGCUCCUCCAGUGCGCACAGUCACCGUCCAGGCGCACGAUGGCUAUCCUGACCAUCUGUGGGCGGACGCGCGCAUGUGUGCUGCGUACACAGCUGGCACACAGGUCAUCCGGGUGAACAGCUCAGAUAUCGUGCCGAGCCUUGUGCAGCGGGUGGAUGACAGCCGCUUCCAGCUGCACACCUCCUAUGACCUGUAUAACAUCCAGCCUGGCGCCCUGCUGGCGUGUCGUACUGGGGUCGGCGGCCACGGCAUGUAUUGGGAGAGCUGCGCUGACUCAACCAUGGCCGACACUAUCUUCCACAACCCAGCUGGCCACUGGAUAGCGGAGGUGGGCUGCAGGAACAUGACAUACAGGGGCAACCACCUGUCGCCCUACCCAUCCACGCUGGGCACAAAGCAGGAGCUUCCGCUGAUGUCAUCAAUUGGAGAUGGCAUCAGCGUGCGGGGCGCUCGCAGCGGGCCUGCCAUUGUGGGCAACUCCAUGCGAGGGAUGGGUGGUGAUGGAAUCACUGUGGCGACUGUGCCUUAUGUCAUCACAGCGUUAGAGGCACAUAGCAGUACAAUUACUGUGGACUGCUCUGGCGUCACAUGCUUUGGCAUCAGGCAGGGUGAUCUAGUCACAGCGGGCUCAGCCGUCUCCAAGCCGCUCCCGGGCUAUGCCAAGGUGGAGGCAGUCAAGUCCUGGGCCACUGCAGCGCUGGCCAAUGCCACUACUGAGGGGGGACCACCAAAAUCGGAUGCGCUGCUGCAAGUGCUGCUGGACAGCUGGCCUGUCGCGUGGACCACGGUGUCUCCGACCGUGCUUCUGGUGAUUCCUGGAGCGGGUUUCCAGAUCAGGCGCAACACAAUCGCCAACAACCGCGGGUCAGGCAUCGUCCUGCAGGCACCGAGGGGCGUCGUGGCGAAUAACAUGAUCACCUCCCCUAAGUAUUGGGGGAUACAGGGUCUGCCCUCUGUUGACGGUCGGGGAGAUGGCGCGUUCACAAGGGAUUUACUUAUAACAAACAACACCAUCGAUGCGGUCUUCGGCGGUGUUGUCGUUGGCUGCCUGGAAGCUGCCGGGCAGGCGCCGUGCCCAGCUCGGGGGCACUCAAAUCUCACAAUCGCUGCGAAUCUCAUCCAGAACGCGGCCACGCUCCCGCUGCUGCUGACAUCAGCGCGCGGCGUCAGCAUUGUCGGCAACGUCUUCCGGUCGGUGCUUUGCUACCCCUGGGUUCUAUACAACGGCUACCCCUGGCUCCCACGCUUCUGGGGGUCCGUAGGAUUUGUCGCCGAAGCCGCUGACGUGGCAUUCCAGAGCAACGUCAUCGACACGUCAGCGCAGUGCGCCUACGGCAACAUCCACAACCCCUUCGAGGCCCUCUCCGGCACCGUUACUAAUCUCACCAUAUCCUGA